CCCAAAAAGAUCACACUCGGAUCAUUUCAUUAUUUGUCAUUUGCUGGAAAUUGCUUGUGGCAUUGAAAAGUAAGUGUAUGAAAACCAAAUGAAUCGAAUCAAACUCAAGCACCACCAUGACAAUUACAAUCUGCUUAUCCUUGUCCAAGAAGCGAGAGAAGGUGACAUUGGAUCCGCAUGGGACGACACUGGAAGAAUUGCAUCAAUUGGCGCGACGAAAAUUCGGACUCUCCUCCGCCAUCUCCUUGCGCCGUCAGCACGUCCGCCUCAAUGCCGACAAGCAAAUGACGCUCGCAGACGCCAAGAUUCAAGACCGAGAUUUACUACUAGUGGUGGAACACAAGAAAGAAGAGAAACUGACGACCAAAAAUGACAAGAAGAAAGCGAACCUCAAGAAGAAGGAAACUGUGAAAUCCAAUGCUGCUGCUCCCAAAUGGAUUCCUGGUCUAACCAAGGAUCAUUUCCUCAAGGUCAAUUCCCGCCAAACGGCCGACACUCCGACUCUGGUAUCCGCUGGAGCGUCGGGGCCCACGGGCUUUGAGUUUCAUUGGAAGGCGCAAGGCACGGGCAGCAGCUACAAGCUUUCGGCGAAGGGAGAUUUGGCCACGGGUCGUGCCAUGAUUGUGCAUUGUGCCUGUGUCGCCUUUGAUCGAUUGCGCAAUCAGGAUCCACGCAACCGAAAUCAAGUACCAGUCUGCAAACAUUUGGAGGCGGCACUCCUCACCGUCAUGGAUCCGACUACUGCCAAAAAAGAGACAAAGCGUACCAUGAUGUCGGAUAGUGAUAGCAGCACCAGCAGCAGCAGUGAGGAAGAAAAUGCGCAUCCCAAGCGGCACCGUCCUCCUGUCAAGAACCACCACGAUGACGACGAGAAAUCCAAUCCCAAAAAGACCAAAACAGCACCCAAAAUCAACACGACGCAUCGACCAACGAUCCUGUCGACUACGACCCGGAUGGAAGCUCCCAUCAAACUAUUGACCACACCCGGUGAUAUCCAAAUGCGACAAUGCGUCCCGGAUCGAUCGCAUUGGUGUUGGAGUCAAUGCCAAACGCCACGGGAACUGGUACUGUCAAACAGCAGCAACGACACCUCUAGCAUUUCAUUCAUGGCCAUGGCCAACUACCUCAUUGAAUUUGAAAAUCUCAAAGAACUCUUGCCCGAACUGGUCAAUGGAUCCAUUCCCAAUGCCGUCAUCUUUCACACAGACAAGCAACCCUCCCCUACCGAUUGGCCUGCCACGGUGGAUUUCCAACAACUCAAUCCAGGAGCCGAUCCCAAUACUGCCAUUAACCCGCUGCGAUACAAGUUCCCCUUUGGUACACACCACACCAAAAUGUUCUUGGUGGGAUACAGCAACAAGAUUCGUGUCGUCAUUAGUACGGGCAAUCUACGAAGCGGGGAUCAUGUCAAAGUCAAUGCAGCCUAUGUCGAAGAGUUUCCAAAGAAAAAGGAGGAGGAAGGUGAUACAACGACCAUUGACUUUGAGGAAACGCUGGUCCAUUAUAUGGAAUCCUACGGAUACCACAAACAGAGAAACUGGACGGGAAAGGCACGGGAAACCUUGGUAGAAGCGCUGGCACGCUAUGAUUACUCCGGCGCCAAAGGCGUCUUGAUUCCAUCCGUCCCGGGAUACUACGACAUGGACGACCAUGGGAAUAGUCGUGUACCACAAGCCAUGGGGCAAAUCAAGUUGCGCAAUACCAUUCGCCGAUGCACGUCCACAGCAACUGCCACCGAUCUCCGUCCUGUCGUUUGUCAAUUUUCAUCCAUUGGAGUCACAUCCGUCCCGUAUUUGAAAGAUCUACAAAGCUCCAUGGAUACGCACUCUGCACAAACGGGCGAGACGGCAUCUGAUCUGCGCUUGAAAUUCGUCUGGCCAACGGCAGGGGAAAUUCGAGACUCGGUGGAAGGAUAUGCUGGUGGGGGUUCUGUGCCAGGAAGACACGAUGCUGUCCGCAAACCAUUUCUGGAUCCACUCUGGCGCAAGUGGACAUCGUCUCGUGGCAGCGACAAGAAUCCAUUGGCCAAGCCCAAUUAUGUCCCACACAUCAAGUCCUACUACCAGACCAACGACAGCCAGGAUGGCUUUGAUUGGCUGGUAGUGACCUCACACAACAUUUCUCGACCGGCUUGGGGGACCAUCAGUACAAAGAAUGGCCAGAAGUACCUUCAUGUCAAAUCGUGGGAGUUGGGGGUCUUUGUGUCGCCGGAUACCGUGGGGGUGAAAAAGCUCGUGCCGUUUUUGGACGGCAAUCAAGCUCCAGGAACCGCCACUGUGCCCAUGCCCUUUCAGACUCACGCACUCGAACGAUACAGUGACAAGGAUGAGCCAUGGGCUUGGGACAAGACAUAUGACACACCGGACCGUGAGGGUUACCACUCUCUGCAGGAGGCAAUGAAUGAACCACACGAGUAGAGCUCCCUGGUUUAUAUAGUGUAACAAUGGGAUUGAGAAGCGAACUGGGUACGAUGUACCGGCACCAGUAGAUUACUACUUUGUUAGUGUGUGUCAUGUACUUUAAAGCCUUUCGAAAACAGGAUAAAAACUGCGCUGUUGCGUCUGGAAGCAUAAUGAAGUAAGUGUCUUCUCAUACAUGUAGAUUGGCUGCUUGUACUUGUUCCUCCAAAGAAUCUCAGAUGUUGCGAUGGGACAUGAUUCCUUCAACCCAUGUAUUUAUGAUUCCUUUAACCCAAGUCUUUACAUGUACAUUGCUGGAGAGACCCUCAAACGCACGCGAUGUAAUACAUGUAAUACGUACAAUGCGUAUUCUACGUAUUCCCGUAUAAUACGUAUAACACGUAUUACACGUAUUACACGGUCGCCAGCCAGCCACCGUGACCGUUCGAGUGACCGUUCGCAAAAUGGCUUCAACACCAAUCUCCACCACAAAGAACC